GCAUGAGGAGCGCGAGGACGCUGCAGAGUCUUAAUCAUGUCCACCAUCAUCUUCAUCUUCAUCAUCGUCAUCAUCACGGGCGGUCAGCCGGGAUCAUCGGAGCACCUUUCUCCAGGGGACAGCCUCGCGGAGGAGUGGAGAGAGGACCGGACCUGAUCAGAGCUGCGGGACUCCUCAACAGACUGCACGAGCAAGGCUGUGCAGUGAAGGAUUAUGGGAACGUGGCGUUUGAGGAUGUGGUGGAGGACGAGCCGGUGGGUCUGGUGAAGUGUGUGCGCGCGGUGGGCAGCGCCAACCAGAGGCUGUCUGAGGCGGUGCAGGCUGUGAAGAGGGACGGACACACCUCAGUGAUGCUGGGAGGAGACCACAGGUGAGUUCACACCUGAGAUUGUUGAAGAAACACUUCAUAUAACCACGCUGAGCACAACACAGUUG